CUUUCUUUCGUCCACUCAUAAGCCUUUCACCAUCUGUUUCGUCUCUUCAUCAACCAAUGGCUUCGGCUACUGGAGGAAAGACGCGUUUGCUGAGUUCAUCCGCUUCGACAUUUCGAUUUUCCCCAAUGUGGAGCCAGGCCAAGGGACCCUUCAAGUGUGUGGGAAAGAGUUCUUCCGAUGCUUUAGAUUCUUCCGACUCAUCACGAUCGACCUCUGAACCGCAAUACUUACUCGCGCACUGGUCUGACCACCCAGUUGACAGAUAUCAAUAAGACUCAAGAUACCCAUAUCAACAUUUCAGCCAAAACCCCACAGACAGAACACCAUGGCCAAAUCGAUCCUUCUCAUCAACGGCCCCAACCUGAACCUUCUGGGUACACGCGAGCCUGCUACAUACGGCUCUACUACGCUCCCUCAGGUUGUCGAGGCCGCACAAAAACAGUGUACCGAGAAGUCGAUCACAUUCGCACACCUGCAGUCCAACCAUGAGGGUGUAAUCCUGGAUUGCAUUCACGAAGCGCGUGGGAACGUCGAUGCCAUCAUCAUCAACCCUGGGGCUUUCACACAUACCAGCGUCGCGAUAAGAGAUGCUCUGCUAGGUGUGGAUAUUCCGUUUGUCGAAGUCCACAUCAGCAACGUACACGCACGGGAAACAUUCCGCCACCACAGUUACUUGAGCGACAAGGCCGUUGCUGUCAUCUGCGGGCUAGGGAUCUACGGGUACGAGGCUGCGAUUGAGUAUGCAUCGAGGCAUAUCAAGCCGAAAGAGAAUGCUUAG